AUGCUUACAGAAAAGUGCUUGGGAUUUGUUUAUUCUGGACUCUGUCUUUGGGCAUCCUUCUUCCUUUCUGUCUUUAAAGUCUCUCAGCAGGGUGAAAGCCAGAGGCGUCUGUACCGAGAGCUGCUGAGAAACUACAAUCGUCUCGAACGGCCAGUGGUAAAUGACUCCCAGCCCCUGGUAGUCGAGCUCCAACUUUCUCUGCUACAGAUAAUAGAUGUGGAUGAGAAGAAUCAGGUAUUGAUCACAAAUGCUUGGCUGCAGAUGCACUGGGUUGACGUUUACUUGUCUUGGGAUCAGUCUGAAUACCCAGGGGUGCAGAACCUGCGAUUUCCAGCUGAUCAGAUUUGGGUACCGGACAUUCUUCUGUAUAACAGUGCGGAUGAGAGAUUUGAUUCAACAUUUCACACAAAUGUGCUGGUGAAUUAUUCUGGAUCCUGCCAAUAUAUCCCUCCAGGCAUUUUGAAGAGCACUUGUUACAUUGAUGUCCGCUGGUUCCCUUUCGAUGUGCAGAAAUGUGAUCUGAAGUUUGGGUCCUGGACUCACAGUGGCUGGUUGAUUGACCUGCAGAUGCUUGAGGCUGAUAUUUCCAACUACAUCUCGAAUGGAGAAUGGGAUUUAGUGGGUAUCCCAGGAAAGAGGAAUGAGAUGUACUAUGAAUGCUGUAAAGAACCAUAUCCAGAUGUGACAUACACCAUCACCAUGCGUCGACGCACCCUCUACUAUGGCUUGAACCUACUCAUUCCUUGUGUUCUCAUCUCCGGCUUGGCUCUGCUUGUUUUCCUUUUGCCAGCUGAUUCAGGGGAGAAGAUUUCUUUGGGUAUCACUGUUCUGCUUUCCCUGACAGUAUUCAUGCUGCUUGUGGCUGAGAUUAUGCCUGCAACUUCUGACUCAGUCCCAUUAAUAGCUCAGUAUUUUGCUAGUAUCAUGGUCAUUGUUGGUCUGUCUGUGGUGGUAACAGUCCUGGUUCUGCAGUUUCAUCAUCACGACCCACAAGCAGGAAAGAUGCCCAAAUGGGUCCGCAUAAUCCUACUGAACUGGUGUGCCUGGUUUUUAAGGAUGAAAAAGCCUGGGGAAAAGAUAAAACCUCUCUCUUGCAAAUACAAUAUUCCCAAGCACCAUCUGAGCCUGAACAGCAUGGAGAUGGAUGUCCUACCUGGGCACCAGUCCAGCAACGGCAACACAAUCUAUAGCUACCACAUGGCAGAUAAUCCGUGCUGCUCCCAGAAGAAUAAUCUGGGUAGCAAGAGCGGGAAGAUUACUUGUCCCUUACCAGAAGACAUUGAGCUUCUUCAGAAGAAAGUCUUGGUGGAUACUGUGCCAGUGAUUGUGAAGAUCUUGGAGGAAGUUCAGUUCAUAGCAACGCGCUUCAGAAAGCAAGAUGAAGGUGAAGAGAUCUGCAGCGAGUGGAAGUUCGCAGCCGCUGUCAUAGACAGAUUAUGCCUAGUUGCAUUUACCCUUUUUGCCAUUAUUUGCACGUUUACAAUACUCAUGUCUGCUCCAAAUUUCAUUGAAGCUGUUUCAAAGGAUUUUGCAUAAGCAUUUCAGAGACAAGCACAAUAAUCUAAAAGUGAAUAUUGACAGUGAUUUUACUACAUAUUUUAAUUAAAUAGAGAAGUGUACUUAUAUGUACUAACACAUACAGAAGGGGAUGAAAACAAUUCCAGGAGCUAAGUAUUCCUGAUAUUAGUGAUUGUAGGUACUGAGGAUUAGAUAUACUGAACUCUCUUACUUAUUUUAUAGACUAGUGCUAUGUGUAAUUAUGUCCUGAUCUGUGAAAAACAGUAGAGGAGAAUUUAAACUUACAUUUAUUGCAAGUUAACCCUAAUAACAGUGUCUUACUAUGACUUUGUGAACUACUAGAUAUUGUUGAUAAAGUAUCAUUGACCUUUACAGCAAUUUGUUGGUUUGUAUAUUUGUGUUUUAUCAUUUUUGUUUAGUGUGGCUGUGACAUUCAUUCCUCAGACUUGACAAAUAUCUUUACAGUCUUAUGAUGCUGUAUAUUGCAUUUACAAAAUAAAUGAUCAAUGUCUUA